AUGUCAACCAGGGUUAUCAACGACUACACGCCUAAAGUUUCUGCCGGCGAGCCAUAUAGAUCUCCAGGACUGUUCUGCGCGAACGUGGUCGACUCAGGUUCGCCUCCAAUCGAUGGGACUUACUUUUGGCCUUUAGGAAACGGCAGCGAGCUAUGGGUAAAUGCACCAGGAGCGACCUGUCCCACUCGGUGGGCGGUCAGACUUACUUAUGGAAUCAAUACCGUCGCGCCAGACCAGUAUGUGUACACCGACUCCGGUGCCAGUGUUGAUCGCUCUGCCAUCGGCACCCCAAACUCGUUGUACUCAUUCAGGCCUGGCUUUGAUGAUAGUCUGCAGAAGCUUAUGAUGGUUGCCGACUCACAAGUCAUUGAUACGACUCACUGUGUGCCGGUAAUGCGGUCCAACCCCGUUUCAUGCCGUCGAGGAGGCAACCUUGAAUUUGGCACGAAUACCCUUGUGGCGAUCUCUGACGAAGGCGCGUGCUUUGCCAACAACACCAUGGUAGUUGACAUCCAGACUGAACCCGCGAUGUCGAAAGGUUUGUGUACUGGAAGCGAAGUGGGACAGUCGACGGCGGUCAUAGGGGCGUCCGGGUCAUACGCUGCUUGGCUCGCGCUGGCAAUAGGAGACGAGGACAACUUUAACGCCAUCCAUGAGUCAUCCCAGCCAGGAAAACCAUCUGCGGAAUACGUUGUGACCUGUGAUUACGAUGUUAGAAACGCCUAUGCCUUUUACGAAGUGACUCUCAGCACCCAAGCCACCCUCAACGGCACAACACUACGCUUGGUGGCCGCACAGGGCGAUAACAGGUGCGAACGUCCACCGUCGUAUGGUGCUGAUCUGUCUGGCUUGUUGGCGGAGGUAGCAGCAUCCUCUUGGCAGCUCUUGAAUGAGAAUGCCGGAAAUGAUGGUUGGUUUGACACUCUUGCACAGUUCGCCUGGCACAACGUCGAAAGGAAGAAGCGGACCAUGUUCGCCUUCAAUAACUCACGAAACGGAUUGGAAGACGUGCUUGGCCUUACAGCUGCGCUGGUGGGGGCGUACAUGAAUUCUUCACUUGUGCCAGUGCCUGCAAAGGCAAUUGUGGCGAAUAUGAGGAUCGGUUCCGGCCGCGCUUGGGCAAUUGCGUUCGUUGCACCUCCCUUAUUCACGGCAAUAGCGAUCGCCGUUUUGUUAUGGAAACUUUCGAACGGUGCGGAGAGCCGACUGGUAGAAGACUUGAUCGUUGCUCCCAGUGGGACAGAGGGUCAGUCGCGAUAUGUUCUUGUGGACAGAGAGCCGCGGAUGUGA